AUGAAAGGCAAGUCACGCCUGACCAACCGCAUCUCCUUCUAUGACCAGGCAAUAAUAAAUAGCACUAUCACCCCCAACAUGACAUUUACUAAAACAUCCCAGAAGUUUGGCCAAUGGGCAGACAGCAGGGCGAAUACAGUCUAUGGCUUGGGAUUUUCAUCUGAACAUCAUCUUUCAAAAUUUGCAGAAAAAUUUCAGGAAUUCAAAGAAGCUGCACGACUAGCAAAGGAAAAAUCCCAAGAAAAGAUGGAGCUAACAAGUACACCCUCUCAAGAAUCAGCUGGAGGGGAUAUUCAGUCUCCUUUAACGCCAGAAACUAUUAACGGGACAGAUGAUGAGAGAGUGACACCAGAAGUGAUGCAGAACUCGGACCCAAGGGCUGAACCAACCCAGAACACAUUGCCAUUUAUUCAUAGUUUGACAGUCAGCAAGCAUUGGGAGGCAGAACUGGCCGCGCUCAAAGGUAAUAAUGCUAAGCUCACAGCAGCCCUUCUGGAAUCCACUGCCAAUGUAAAACAAUGGAAACAACAGCUUGCUGCAUAUCAGGAGGAAGCAGAACGUCUUCAUAAGCGGGUAACUGAGCUAGAAUGUGUAAGCAGUCAAGCCAAUGUAGUCCACACACAUAAAACAGAAUUAAACCAGACAAUACAGGAAUUUGAAUCUACAUUGAAGAAAAAACAAGAGGAAAUAGAAAGACUGAAACAAGAAAUUGACAGUGCCAGAGAGCUCCAGGCACAGAGGGAUUCUUUGACUCAGAAGUUACAGGAAGUAGAAAUUCGAAACAAAGACCUGGAAGGCCAGCUCUCUGAUCUAGAGCAACGUCUGGAGAAAAGUCAGAAUGAGCAAGAAGCUUUUCACAAUAACUUGAAGACACUUUUAGAAAAUCUUGAUGGAAAAAUAUUUGAACUGACCGAGUUACGAGAUAACUUGGCCAAGCUAAUAGAAUGCAGCUAAAGAAAAUGGGAUUUCAGUGCCAAUCAGCUUAAAGAUGCAGUCUCUCUUUGUAGGACUGUCUUGAGCUCUGCAUCUAAUUUUGUGCAACUUUUAAAAUGCUUCUCUGAGAGGGCUUAUUUUAAAUUUGAGUCAUACUUCAAUGUAAAAUUUAGAACUCAGCUUGAAGCUAGCUGAAGAAAAAAACACCACCAACAAAAAAAACUUGAAUUACAAAUUACCUCCUUGUACAUUAUUGGGCAUAGAUAACUUGAAAGAUAUUAACAGUAAUUGAAUGCAAUCCUUUUCUAAUUCUCAGUGAUGGAAGAAGUAGUAGUGGCCCAGGUUACAUCUUCUUUUUGUAAUAGACACAAUAUAGGUUAUCUGCUGUUUUAUUUAUUCAAGAUAUUUAAUUUGUUCAAAAACUUAGUGCUGAUGGCCCUGUAUUUUGUUGUUCUUAAUUUCUCAGGAUAUUUUACACUGUGGAGAAGCAGUGCCAUUACUAAUUUAUUCUUCCCAGGUGUGAGAGUUGCAUCUUUAAUUGAAACAAAGUUACUAUAACUGCUUGUAUAAAGUUCUUCCUUUUGGGGUUUCUGUUUGUUUGGUUGUUUUAUAUAUAUACUGGAAAUGCUGUAUUUCUUUAUGGAGCUUACUCUGAUGUUCUACAAUACUGACCAAUGUAAGGUUUACUUUUUCAUAUGAAUUCUAUGUAAUUACAGUGCGAUAUUUCCACUUAACUAUGUUUUGAAGCCAACCAAUGAUAUCAGGUGAGUCCCUCAGAAAAAAAAAAAAAGGAGAAUUUGACAUGCACAAAUAACAA